AACUUGAGAUUAUUAAUUUAACUAUACCGAAAUGCAGUUUUCAAUAAUUAUCAUUGAUAUUUUAUUAAUAUUAAUCAUUUAUCCAACUUUGUGUAAUGGCCAACCUAUAGAUCAACAAAAUACCCUACUAACAGGUGGCAACGCGGCUGGAGUACACUUAACUAGUGGAGUCGAAAAUGAUAAGCUUGCGCAGUUGUCAAUGAAUGAUAUUCCAAUGCUGGAUAAAUUUAUGAAUAACUUAAAUACGCACAACUACGACUAUGAAGCUGAGAGUUUCCUUAACAGCAAUGGAAAGGAAGUACCUUUUUAUGGUAUAAAAACUGAGGAUUUCUAUGACUAUGACAACAAGAGAGAAGCCAUUGCACCAUAUAAUGAACGAAGUUUUUCUGGCUCAUGAAAACGGAACCUGAGCGUUUACUGCCAUUGAAGAGCCAUCAGUUUAUUUUUUAAAACAAUUUAAGUACUUUAUUGCAUUUAUUUGUUAUUUUGAUUUUUAAAUCAAAUAUUU